GAAGCAUGUCGACGCGUGGGCACAGAUGCUCGCAUCGUCUUCGCCGCCGAUAUCUUCGACACCGAUCUCGCCGUUCCUCGAUGCGCAUUCAUUCAGAAAAACGCCUAUCCACCUCGAUGGAUCGCGAGCGAAGCGAGUGUUAGGCUUCAAGCCGACCAAGCCGCGAGUUGAGGUGAACGAGUUGCGCAAAAUCAGCCAGGGGUUUCAAAAGGACAAGAUCUGGUAAGUGGGUUGGGAGGAGGUUGGUGGCGAGCUGUGGACGACGCUACAUAAGGGUCAGGCGCGUUACCGGCUUGGGACUGGGUGGGUGCCUGAAGUGCUCCGGCAAGCCGGAACGGCCGAAGGACCGGAUGCGGGGGUGGAAUAGCGCACUGGGCAGGCAGGAACGAUGGUUGAUGAU